AUGACGUAUCAACGCGGUACAGACAAAAAAAAAAACAUGCAGCGGAAAGGUCUCAUCAGCGGAGGGGGCUAUUCAGAGGUAAUUUAUGAUGCCAAUGGGCAACAGAUUGCCGCCAUGGAUAUGGGCAACACUCAGCAACAGUUGUCCAUCCUAGCGGCCAUGAUGGAGGAGUUACAGCGCAAACAACGCCAGCACACGAACACACCGACUCCAUUUAUUAACACGAAACGGAAGGUCACAGGGACAAGGCAGCGAAAGGAGGAGACAAGUGCAGGAGGAAGCAAGGGAUGCGGCGGUACUUUUUUCUCACAAACUGAGAAGUGA